GCGGCCCGCGCGCAGGAGCCGGACCGCGGGCACCGCCCACAAUGCUCCCGGGCCCGGCCGAGCGAGGCGGCGCGGCUUCCGCGCCAUGGGACGGCUGCUGGCUCUGAGCUUGCUGGGGAUAGCGCUGGCGCUCCUGGGCGAGAGGCUCCUGGCGCUCAGGAAUCGACUUAAAGCCUCCCGAGAAGUAGAAUCCGUAGACCUUCCAAACUGCCACCUGAUUAAAGGAAUCGAAGCCGGCUCUGAAGAUAUUGACAUACUUCCCAAUGGUCUGGCUUUCUUUAGUGUGGGUCUAAAAUGUCCAGGCCUCCACAGUUUUGCACCAGAUAAGCCUGGAGGAAUACUAAUGAUGGAUCUAAAAGAAGAAAACCCAAGGGCACUGGAAUUAAGAAUCAGCCGCGGAUUUAAUUUGGCUUCAUUUAAUCCACAUGGUAUCAGCACUUUCAUAGACAGUGAUAACACAGUUUAUCUCUUUGUUGUAAACCACCCAGAAUUCAAGAAUACAGUAGAAAUUUUUAAAUUUGAAGAGGAAGAAAAUUCUCUUUUGCAUCUAAAAACAAUCAAACAUGAGCUUCUUCCAAGUGUGAAUGAUAUCAUAGCUGUUGGACCAGCACAUUUCUAUGCUACCAAUGACCACUAUUUCUCUGAUCCUUUCUUAAAGUAUUUGGAAACAUAUUUGAACUUACACUGGACAAAUGUCGUUUACUACAGUCCAAAUGAAGUUAAAGUGGUAGCGGAAGGAUUUGAUUCAGCAAAUGGGAUCAAUAUUUCACCUGAUAAAAAGUACAUCUAUGUUGCUGAUAUCUUGGCUCAUGAAAUUCAUGUUUUGGAAAAACACCCUAAUAUGAAUUUAACUCAAUUGAAGGUACUCAAGUUGGAUACACUGGUGGAUAAUUUAUCUAUUGAUCCUUCCUCGGGGGACAUCUUGGUAGGCUGUCAUCCUAAUGGCCAGAAGCUCUUCAUUUAUGACCCGAACAAUCCUCCCUCAUCAGAGGUUCUCCGCAUCCAGAAUAUUCUAUCUGAGAAGCCUACAGUGACUACAGUUUAUGCCAACAACGGGUCUGUUCUCCAGGGAAGUUCUGUGGCCUCGGUGUAUGAUAGGAAGCUGCUUAUAGGCACUUUAUACCACAGAGCCCUGUAUUGUCAGCUCUAAAUGGUCCUUUUGCUAUGCAGGCAUGCUAGCUUCUCUUAACAAUUUUCUAUGAAUUGCUAAUUCUGGGGGACUUUAACCAGCAACGUUGACCCAGAAAUGUAUGACAUGUAUAGUAAAUUUAUUUCAGUAAUGAAAGCCCCCCUUCAGUUCACAUAGCACUUUUAACGUAAAAGGAAAGUGAACAGUUUUUAAAAUUGCCAAGUAAAGGUGAGAGAAGAAAGCUGCUUUCGGUAAAGUGAAUACACUUUGCAUAAAAUAAGCCUGCUUUCCAACUGCCAGAGCAUGAAUUCCACUGAAACAGGGUAGAUUAUAUUUCCUUAAAAUGUAAGUGACCUCAGCUCCACCAGUGUGACCACUGUGACUCAGAACUACUGAUAGGUAACAUGUUUUGAUGUUUUGUACUUACAUCUUUGUUUACUAUUAAAGAGUUGGAGUUAUAUUAAAGACUAACUAAAAUCCAA